CCCAGAGUGACAUGGGGGAGGAAGACAAAGGCCACGGCGUCUACCUCUUUCUUUCCAAACCAAUUCUUCCUGAGUCGGUGGCUUUUAAUCCUCUGCGUUUAUUGUUCUUGAUUCAGAUUCUCCUCCCUUCCCGCGUCGUUCUGUUAGAAACGGCAUCGCGAUUCACAGGUAUGAGCUCAGGCGAACCCAAUUUGGACGAAUUCUUCGUAGAGAAGAAGCGCGCCAGGAACCCUUUGGUCCCCGUCGGUGCAUUUGUAACUGCUGGAGUUCUCACUGCUGGAUUAAUCAGCUUUAGACAAGGAAACUCUCAAUUGGGGCAGAUGCUAAUGAGAGCUCGUGUGGUUGUCCAAGGCGCUACAGUAGCACUGAUGGUUGGCACCGCUUUCUACUAUGGCGAGAAUCCCUGGCGGCCGAGUUAAUAUGUCAAUGUUCUUUUUAUGAUUUGCUUUUCAGGAUCUUGUUUUACGUCGAGAGAUUUCGGUAACAUUGAAAGAUUGUUGUCUUUCAAUCUUUCUUCAAAUAUAACAACAGGUCAUUCGGUGAUUUGAUGACAAUAUUUAUGUUAUGUAUUCAUUCCUAGGGCAUAGAUGAGUUGCCUUCAAAGAUAUAAAUCUUGGUGUUAUGUUGGAAUAUUGAAAUUAUAAGAGAAAAUCAUUGGGUAUAUUCUCAAUAUCUUCAUCUUA